AAAUUACUUAAAAAAGAGAUAGGAUCAUAGCUUGGAAUUUCCAUAUUCUUGUCUCUGGACCUUAAAAGUGGAAAAACAAACCAAAACAAGUAAAAGAAUAAAUAUAUUAAGAGAGAGAGAGAGAGAGAAUGCAAUAAUUACAGAAAGAAAAAUGAGGAAGGUAAAUGGUACUUGGAACCAAGUUUUGGAUCUUGUGAUGGUUUAAAAUUUGUUUGUAUAGAGUUUCAACUUGCUCUUAAAUAAUUUUGUGUUGAGAGAGAAAGCAUACAAGAAAACUGAAGAGGGAAAAUUAGUAAAGAGCAAAGAGGGAAAAGGGUGAUUUCACAUUCUCUAUUUUUAUCUAGUCUACUCUUUAAAGGUAAAAUAACUAGAGAAACUCAAGCAGAUAGCUCUAAUGGAUGCUGUUGUUCAGUUGCAAAGACAGUUAGUUGACUACACAGCUUCACUAUUUCAUGAGGGAUUCUUGGAUGAUCAGUUUAAUCAACUUCAGCAACUUCAAGAUGAAAGCAACCCAGAUUUUGUUGUUGAAGUUGUGUCUCUUUUCUUUGAAGACUCUGAAAGGCUUCUUAAUGAACUGGCCAAAGCUCUAGACCAGAAAAGUGUAGAUUUCAAAAGAAUUGAUGCUCAUGUUCACCAGUUGAAAGGCAGCAGCUCUAGCAUAGGAGCUCAAAGAGUUCAAAAGUUUUGCAUUACCUUCCGCAACUGCUGCGACGAGCGGAAUGCCGAAGGGUGCCUAAAAUGUCUGCAACAAGUGAAACAUGAGUAUUCCCUGAUAAAAACCAAGCUCGAGACUCUAUUCAAGCUGGAGCGGCAGGUCCUUGCAGCUGGAGGAUCAAUUCCUUUGCCUAUGUGAUGAAGUGCAAAAGCAUCUGAAAGCAAUUAAGAAGGAUGAGAUUUUGGAUAUGUAGAGGAGAUUUCCUUUGCAUUCUUCAUUGCUCCUUUUCCAUUUUCAUUUGAGUACUUGAGCUAUGAAAGGUUCUUUCUGAACUUGUGUUAGCUUAAGUUUUGUAGCAUACCCAAUGUAUGAGCAAUGAUGAAAUAUGUGAAUAAACCUUUCUGUUGCAUUUUGCUCUUUUCUUUA